AAGAAAUAAAAAUAUUCGACAAGUAAAUCAUGAGGUAAACCAAUAUUUACCAAGCUCAUGUCUUUUUAUGUGAACCCGCAACAAGGUUCGGCGAAGACAGUGAAGCACCGGACAUCCGUACGACAGUCGUGAGGGCGUCACAAGCUACAGUCGUCGGAGUGGUUCAUCUUCGCCUCUUAUGAGUCUUAUUGGGUCUUCACCCGCACUCUUUUCCUUCGUUUCGCAACCAUCCCACUUCCCGAUCUACCAUUUGUUCUGACUGUUCCUCCAUUAUCGACUGACUUCUUUUUCUGAUCUACCCAUUUCUUCUUCUGGGUUUCAGGCGCUUGAACCAAACCAGGUCCUCCUCCUUUGAGAAGGACGAGAGCUAGACAAAGAAGAAAUUAGAGGUGAACUAUGAUUGGGGUUGGGAAGAUCAAGCAAUACUCCAAUGUACUUGACAAGCCCCUCAGCAAGGGCAAACAGGAGGUCAGUUUGAGUGCUUUUGCAUUCUUGUUUUCAGAGCUUGUGCAGUACAAUCAGACACAAGUUGACAAUAUUUCAGAGCUAGAAAGGAGGCUCGAGGAUGCAGGCUAUGCUGUUGGUGCUCGAGUUCUGGAACUCCUUUGCCAUCGAGAUAAGGGAAACAGAAGGGAGACACGGUUGUUGGGUAUUCUAUCUUUUGUACACAGCACAGUGUGGAAGGUGUUAUUUGGGAAGGUAGCUGACUCACUUGAGAAAGGCACUGAACAUGAAGAUGAGUACAUGAUUAGUGAGAAGGAGCUCCUUGUGAACAGAUUUAUUUCAAUCCCAAAAGACAUGGGGACAUUUAAUUGUGGGGCAUUUGUUGCUGGAAUUGUAAGGGGUGUUUUGGAUGGUGCUGGCUUUCCAGCUGUGGUAACAGCACAUUUUGUACCUGUGGAGGGUCAGCAGCGACCUCGCACAACCAUUCUAAUAAAAUUUGCUGAAGAGGUACUAAGAAGAGAAGCAAGGUUGGGUUGAGUGGAUUUGUGCCUCGAUCAUCUGAUGUAGGUGUUUUCAUUGCUCCACAAAAUAACCAAAGAAUGGGUGAAAAUGUAUGAGAUGCAGCACAAAAUGAUUCAUUUUACUGUGAACGCAAUGUUACAUUACUGAUCACAAAGUGAAAUUAGUAUUUAGUGUGUGGAAUGUAAAAAUAAAAAAUCGUAUCAGUUGCUCAUAUGAACUCAACGUUACCAUUUACAGCGUCUGGUUUUUGUAGAAAAGGCCUUUACUUUCAUGGAGAAA